GCACCUGAUUCCAGCGGAAUAUUUCUGAUUGGCAGUUGAAAGCGGAAAUGAGCUCAUUGCGCAGCUGGUGCAUAAAAGAGCAGUUGCGCCUUCCUUGUUGCUCUUCUUCCUGGUCCCUUCCCAGUAACUUCUUGCAUGUAUGCUCCAAAUUUUGUAUUAAGAAGGUAAGACAUAGAGGAGCUCAGAUCUCAAACUCCACUCGUCGCCCAACUCAGCAACUCAAAAUGACUGACUCGUCUUCCUCCAUCGCUGAUUUCGAUUCCAGCUACUACGUCGAUCCAAUGUGUGCUGAGAUUAUUGUGGUACGUCACGGGGAAACCGAGUGGAAUGCUGAUGGAAGAAUUCAGGGGCAUCUGGAUGUUGAAUUGAAUGAAGUUGGGAAGCAGCAAGCAGCCUCGGUGGCUGAUCGGUUAUCCAAGGAGCCUAAGAUAUCUGCUGUAUAUUCUUCUGACUUGAAGCGAGCUCUUGUGACUGCAGAGAUAAUCGCAGCCAGUUGUGGUGGGCUAGAGGUUAUCAAAGAUCCGGAACUGCGGGAAAGACAUUUAGGGGAUCUUCAAGGCCUUGUGUAUCGUGAAGCAGCAAAACUUAGCCCAAAAGCUUACCAGGCCUUUACAUCUCACAAGACAGAUCAAGAUAUCCCAGGUGGUGGAGAAAGUCUCGAUCAACUUUAUCAAAGAUGUACAUCGUCAUUGCAGAGAAUUGCUAGGAAGCACAAAGGAGAGCGAGUUGUCGUGGCCACUCAUGGAGGUGUAAUCAGAGCACUCUACAAGCGGGCUUGCCCGAAUGGAAGACCUCUAGGGAGGGUACUGAAUACAUCUGUCAACAUAUUUCACCUGUUUAAUGGGGACAAAUGGACCAUAAAAACGUGGGGUGAUGUUAGUCAUCUCAAACAAACAGGAUAUCUGGAAUCAGGUUUUGGUGGGAGUGCGACUUCUGGUUAGUUCACAUGAUGUUAGGCACCAUUUUUAGCGAUUCUUGAUCUGAUUUGGCAUCCAGGGGGUCGAGAAUUUCGCGAGCUAUCUCAACAUUGGCUCAAAUUCUGUCUUCAUUAUCGAAAUGAGUAAAUAUGACCAGUACAAAUGGUUCGUGUGAUUGAUGAAUGAUUUGGUUUCGCUAACUUUAUAUUCUCACA